CCUUUUGCAGAUCUGUGUUCAAUUUUAGAACGAAUACAGAAAUGUAAAUCCCGGCCAGAGAAAAUCAAGAAUUUCAAGGAAUUUUUAGAUUCAUGGAGGAAAUUUCAUGAUGCUCUUCAUAAAAAAGAGGAAGAUGUCACAGACUCUUUUUAUCCAGCAAUGCGACUUUUUCUUCCACAAUUGGAAAGAGAGAGAAUGGCUUAUGGAAUUAAAGAAACCAUGCUUGCGAAGCUCUAUAUUGAACUGCUCAAUUUACCCAAAGAAGGAAAAGAUGCCCUAAAACUUUUAAAUUAUAGAACACCCACUGGCUCCCAUGGAGAUGCUGGAGACUUUGCAAUGAUUGCCUAUUUUGUAUUGAAACCGAGGUGCCCAAAACAAGGCAGACUGACCAUACAACAGGUGAAUGAGUUCCUGGAUUCAGUUGCUCGUAAUAAUGCUGCCAAAAGGAAGGACCUAGUAAAGAAAAGUCUUCUUCAGUUAAUAACUCAGAGCUCAGCACUUGAACAAAAGUGGCUGAUCCGGAUGAUUAUAAAGGAUCUAAAACUUGGUGUUAGUCAGCAAACCAUAUUUUCCCUUUUCCAUCCUGAUGCUGCUGAGUUAUACAGUGUCACAACUGACCUGGAGAAGGUUUGCAGACAACUGCAUGACCCUUCUGUAUCACUCAGUGAUGUUUCCAUCAUGUUGUUUUCUGCCUUUAAACCUAUGCUUGCUGCUAUUGCUAAUGUCCAGCAAAUUGAGAAACAAAUGAACCGCCGAAGUUUUUACAUAGAAACUAAACUAGAUGGUGAACGUAUGCAGAUGCACAAAGAUGGAGAUGUAUACAAGUAUUUCUCUCGUAAUGGGUUUGAGUAUACUCAGCAGUUUGGUGCUUCUCCCCUUGAAGGUUCAUUAACUCCAUUUAUUCAUAAUGUGUUUAAAAAUAGUAUACAAAACUGCAUUCUUGAUGGUGAAAUGAUGGCCUACAAUCCCAAUACACAAACUUUUAUGCAGAAGGGAAACAAAUUUGACAGAAAAAGAAUGGUAGAUGAUCCUGAUCUGCAGACAUGCUUUUGUGUGUUUGAUGUAUUAAUGGUUAAUGAUCAGAAGUUGGGUCAUGAGAUACUAAGCAAAAGAGGUGAGAUUCUAAAUGAGCUGUUUACACCAAUAAUAGGCAGAAUACACCUAGUGCAUAAAACACAGGCUAGCACCAGGAAAGAAGUAGUUGAUGCUCUAAAUGAAGCAAUAGAUAACAGAGAAGAAGGAAUCAUGGUAAAAGAUCCUAUGUCCAUUUACAAGCCAGACAAACGUGGGGAAGGGUGGUUAAAAAUCAAACCUGAGUAUGUCAAUGGGCUCAUGGAUGAACUAGACCUAUUAAUUAUUGGCGGUUACUGGGGGAAAGGUUUGCGUGGUGGCAUGAUGUCUCAUUUUUUGUGUGCUGUUGCUGAGAGUUCCCCUCCUGGUGAAAAACCAUCUGUCUUUUAUUCUAUUUGUCGUGUUGGUUCUGGUUACACUAUGAAGGAGCUAUACGAUCUUGGUUUGAAAUUGGCCAAACACUGGAAGCCUUACCAUAAAAGAGAUCCUCCUUGUAAUAUUUUAUGUGGAACUGAGAAGCCUGAAGUCUACAUAGAGCCUUGUAACUCAGUCAUAGUUCAGAUUAAGGCAGCAGAGAUUGUUACUAGUAAUAUGUACAAAACUGAUUGCACUUUGCGAUUCCCUCGAAUUGAGGAAAUAAGAGAGGACAAAGAGUGGCAUGAAUGUAUGACUUUGGAUUUCUUAGAACAGCUCAGAGGUAAAGCAUCAGGGAAGUUAGCAUCUAAGCACCUUGAUAUGGGUGAUGAUGAACCACAAGAAAAGAAACGGAAAACUGUACCAAAGAUUACGAAAAUAAUUGGAAUCAUGGAUCAUUUUAAAGCCCCUGAUCUUUCCAAAGUAAAUAAGAUUUCUAAUAUAUUUGAAGAUGUUGAAUUUUGUGUUAUGACUGGAACAGAAAACCAUUCAAAAUCUGAACUGGAAAGUAAAGUAGCAGAAAGUGGUGGUUAUGUGGUACAAAACCCUGGACCAGACACUUACUGUGUUGUUGCAGGAAUUAAGAAUGUCAGAGUAAAAAAUAUUAUAUCUUCCAACAAGCACGAUGUUGUGAGAGCAGAGUGGCUUUUACAGUGUUUUGAAAUGAAAAUGUUCGUACCAUGGCAGCCUGCCUUCAUGAUUCACAUGUCUCCAGAUACAAAACAACAUUUCGCAUGUGAGUACGAUCGUUAUGGUGACAGCUACACAGCAAAUACAGAUGUGACCCAACUAAAGGAAGUAUUCUCAAGAAUUAGUAAUAAAAAUGAUGAGAACAUGCCUCUGGACAUGAUUGCUGACUUAGAAGAACAUUAUUUGUGGAAUAGCUCUCCACUCUGUAUGUUCAGGCAAAAUACCAUUUAUCUGGACCUUUAUGCUGUUGUUAAUGACCCCAGUACCAAGACCCAUGGAACAAUGCUAUCAAUUAGAGCUUUGGAGCUCCGUUUUCAUGGAUCAAAAAUAGUCUCGCAGCUAAAGGAGAGUGUGUCCCAUGUAAUUAUGGGAGAAGAUCAUUCCCAUGUGAAAGAGAUGAAAGCACUUAGGAGAACAUUUGAGAAAAAAUUUAAAAUCCUAUCUGAGCUGUGGGUAACAGAUUCAAUAAAGGAGGGAAAGUUACAGAAUGAAAAUCCAUACCUAAUUUAAAGCACGUUUUAACUAGAAGUAAAAGCAUUGUAAUUAACUUGGUGGACUCAAGAUUUGGUGAGGUCUUCCUGCAUGUUUCCAGGUAUAUACCUAACCUAUGGUUAAAGAGUAGUUCUAAUUUUUAUAUAUUGGAAAAGGAAAGGUAGCAUCUCCUGUGCUUGGGAAGGAGGGAAAGACUUCAGGCUACAUUACACUGUGGGAGGAAAUGUCCAGUGCUAAAGAAAUAAUUGCAUGCUUUGUGUUUUACAAAGAUCUCCCAUAGGAGAUUGUUUUACUUAGCUAUGAAGAUAAUCUUAUACCACUGACAAAACUUUGCCUUUAUUUAAAUACUGGCUAUUUUAUACCAUUUGAUCUUUCUGAGGUGUGAGAUUAAACUUUUAAAUCAAUAAUAUUUAAAGAGAAUAUGCCGUUGAAUAA